CCAAACAUUGCAUUGGGGAGGGGGGGUGCGAAAAGCAGCAUUUGGGCCAAAGAAUGGCAGCCAGGAAACGGUGGCGAGAGUUAUCUAGGGGUAUAUGACGAAAGCUUGCUUGAAGCAACCGAGUCCGCAUCCUGAGCCAUCCUGGUAUUGUGGACAAGCAGCGAGCUUGAGACGAAGCCAUUCACAGCAAACGACCCAAGACGCAUCAGACGAUGGUGAUCGGCCUCCUAGUCAUUUCGGGCAUCCCAACCACCAUUGGAGUCUGCGAAGCGCUGAGCGCACAGAAGAAGGCCAACGCGCAGGCAAAGGAGAAGGCCAAAUUCCACUUGACAGUCACUGUUUCACUCGAUGGGGAUGACCCCGUCGAGUGUUGGUGUGUUCUGAAAGACGGUAGACUCUGGAUUGACCACCCAGCCUAUCCCAUGCCGGGCCACAAGUUCACGGGCUACUACUUCACAUACCCGUCGGAAGCGCAGCUUCGUGGCCUCGUGAGCACCAUCGCCGACGACCCACCCAUGCUCAACUGGAUUUUCGUCGACAAGGACAAUGGCACAGUGCGCCAUGGCGGGCGGCAGGACACGCUGGGAGGGCAUACGGUUGGGUCCUGGUACUGGAGCGAUGACGAGCAGUGGCUGACGCUCGAGGGCGACGCGUCACACUUUGUGGCCGUUCAAAUGGAGAAUGGGCGGUGGGCGGUUGUGUGGGAUCGAGUUGGGAAAGGGACCCCCGGGGAGGAUGAGAAGGACUCCGAAGAAGGCACAAGCGAAACGGAUCCCGAAACGGAAGGCACCAAUGACACUGGCCCUCCCAGCAAUAAUGGUGCAGGGAAAAGGGUCCCGGUCAUGCUGCGACGGAGAAUGCAGUUGGGCAUGGAGAGCCGAUACGUCAAAGGAGAGAACGGAUAGUAGAUAGUACAAUACACCCAUACGACACAUAGCGCAGUGUAAAAAAGCAGGAGAUCUGGACUCGUAGACUAAUCAC